UUGGUGGAGGGGUGAAGAAGGUAUCAAAUGGCAGCUACUGUAUAAAGCAGUAGGGAACUCAACAAGACAGAGAAGACAGGUCAUUUCUGCAAGGAGAUUUUGUGUUUUGAGAAGGUUAUUUGUGACAUGUUCUGCUUUGUUGUGGACCAUAGAAGCAGUGACACCAUGAAGUUCCAGGCUCUGUUCUUUCUCCUGCUCCUGGCAUGCAUGUACCUCAGCAUGGCUCAAGGCUCUUAUGGGAACUGCUGUCUGAAGCACGUUGCUGGCCUGAAAAAGAACACCAAGAGGAACGUGAUGAGCUACAGGAUACAGGAAACAGAUGGCGACUGCAACAUCAAGGCUGUUGUGUUCAUGCUGAAGAAACGGAAGACUGUUUGUGCCAAUCCCAGCCAGAAGUGGGUACAGAAUCUGAUGACUGUUGUUGAUAAGCAGCAAAGCAACUAGCUUCCUGAGAAAAGAGAAUGAGGGGAUGUAGUUGAGCUGCUGCUUCGUUGGAGAGUCUUUUAACCAGUGUAUGCCAAUUUCCAUAUGUCAAGUGAAAUGUGUGGGCAAAUAUAUGACACAUCAUCCUGUAAGUAGAAUGUGAGCUUCAUCAUUAUAUUACUCAUUAUAUUAUAGUUUGGCUUAAUGAGUUUAUAUCACAUGCUUUUGGGAGAAUACCUGAGGUUCCAUUGUUAAGGUGGCAAUCCAGUAGCAUAGCAAGACAACUAUACUGUAUUACUGUAUUCACUGUUAGCAUUAGAUGACUAACCAUGAAUGGUGCCUGCUAGUAAUGAGCCACUUGGCAGCUUAGCAUUAUUGUGUGUGUGCUGUGCUGCCUCUGCCUAUACGCAGACUACAUGCUGACUGUAGGGCCCCCGACCACUAAACUUUUAUAUAAAGCUACAAUUUCUAUUUUGAUUUCAAUCACUACUAUGUCAAAACAUUAUUUGUAUAAGUUCCCAUUUGUAAUAAAAAAUGUAUAAAGUACAAAAUGUUGA